AUGGCGGCGCCAGUGGAGCAUAUCCAGCCCGUCAAGCUGGCUGCUCUGCCAGCAGCUUUAACCCCCGACAAUCGCUACUGGCGCACCUACAAGUCCCCACUACUCAUUAACUCAUACUCCGCGAUCAAUCAUAUCAACUUCUCCCCGAUCUCCCCCCACGAUAUCAUAACCUCUUCAGCAACCCGCGUCCAAAUAUUUUCCUCCAAAACCCGUGCCGUUACGAAGACGAUUGCUCGUUUCAAGGAUACUGUCUACUCCGCUAACAUUCGUCAUGAUGGAAAAAUCUUGGUUGCAGGAGAUGCCACGGGUCUCAUCCAAAUCUUUGAUGUCGGUUCGCGUGCUAUUCUACGUUCAUUCGAGCAACAUAAGCAACCAGUGCAGACCACCAAGUUUUCGCCGACGAGUAUGACGACUUUGAUGUCUACCAGUGACGAUACUACGGUUAGACUAUGGGAUAUUCCAUCACAGGAACCGACACAUGUGUUCAUGGGACAUACGGACUAUGUCAGAUCCGGUGCAUUCUUACCUGGCUCCUCUGGAACGGUUAUCUCAGGAUCUUACGAUGGGACGGUCAAGCUUUGGGAUCCAAGGAUAUCAACUAGCAGUGCUUCGGGUGGUUGUGUCAUGACCUUUACUCAUGCACAUGCUGUCGAAAGCGUGGUACCAAUGAUCGGUGGAACGACUAUUUUGAGUUCUGCAGGGAAUACGGUCAAUGUUUUGGAUAUUGUUGCAGCGAAGGCAUUGAAGCAGCUUGGUAAUCAUCAGAAAACUGUUACAGCUGUGGCGACGGCUAGUGGCAACAGAGUUCUGUCUGGUGGGUUAGAUGGACAUGUUAAGGUUUACGAAACAAGGGAGUGGAAGGUUGUGCAUGGAUUCAAGUACCCAGAACCUGUGCUCUGCUUGGGUGUCUCACCAGAUGACAAGCACUUGGUUGUUGGUAUGUCGAAUGGAUUGUUGAGCAUCAAGACAAGGGCCUCUGGAGCGCAGAAGCUCGAUGUACUGUCUCAAAUCGGACAAUUGGCAGAUUUGGGUAUUGAGGAGGUUAUUAAGCGGGAAAAGAAGCAGAAGUCUAAGAAUUACCAGAGGAAGAUCAGGGGUAUGGAUUACAAGGGUGGAGCCGAGGACAUUGCCGUGAUGGACAAGGAUACCAAGAAGAAGCUACAGAAGUGGGAGCGUUCAUUUAGGAAUGCAAAUUACGCAGAGGCUUUAGAUGAGGUUUUGAUGUUCAAGGAUCCAACAAUACCAUACACAGCUCUAACAGCCCUCAAGCACCAGUCUGCCCUCCGUGCUGCCCUUCAGGGCAGGAACGAGGAGACCCUGCAGCCUAUCAUGAAGUACUUAGCAAAGUACCUCCAAGACCCUCGGUUUUUCAACUUCCUUGCCGAUGUCACCAUGCUCCUGCUAGACAUAUACGCUAGCUCGUUCGGACAAUCGAAGCAAAUUGAUAAUUUAGUUGUAAAGCUUCACGAGCGAGUCAACGAGGAGAUCCGAAAGAGCAAAAGUGCUACUGAGGUCCAUGGGAUGCUUAGCUUGCUACUUGCCGGAUCCGAGUAG